GCUAGUGGUGGAUUUUGAAGAACGCACUUCAUUCUACAAAACAAGACGCUUUCCAGGAUUCUACAAUAUUCUUUCCGAAUAUUAUAGGAUAGACGAAAAGAGAAAAAACGGUAACGCACAGAGAUUCUGGUAGCAGAGUUACGCGUUUUGCAUGUAUAGGAUAUAAUACAAUUUUAUCACAUUUUACAGUAAUCAAUACUCUAUAUUCUACUUUCUUACUAUAAUCUAUUGUCUCAUACGUGAAUAAAAUAAUUUCCUUCCUAUUUUGUGUUUCUAGAAUAAGAAACAUAGUCUCAAGUGGGUGGUCUAAAAAGAUGCGUCCACAUAAUCUACUGCAGACAGGAUUUACUUCUCCAAAUCUGUCAUGACUAUAAGAGAAAAAUGAAGUUCGAAAAUAAAUUUAUGUGAGAGGAGAGUACGGGAUAUAAACAACUCGCUUGUUUGCAUAAACUCCGCUUUUUCAAACGGAUCUCUAAAAAAAUACCCCAUUUGCGUGCGAUCCUUUUUUCUCUAGAAAAAUGGCAUUCAUAUCGGACUUUCUUAAACACAAAAUAACUUUCUGUACAAUUACUUACAUAACUAAUCAUCCAAUAGUCAGUAGUCAAAGAAACAAAUUUCUUGAUUGAUUACAACAGAGAAUGUGUCGUUGAAAAACAUUUUAAUGAGUUGUUAACAGUAAAAUACAAAUCUCUCUCAAUAUAAUUCUGACAAAAUUCUAGGAAAUAAUUUACAACAUUUGAUAGAUUUCCUAGUGUAAGCUAAUAUAAGAUUCAGAUGAUAGAAUCCUAUAAGAAGUAUCACACUAUCCUACAAUAGAAAUUACAUGAGGUUAUGUAGGAUUUCAGAAUUCUAAAACAAUUUCCGGUGUUUCAUAGGAUCCCAUACUAUGUAGGAUUAUUCAUUCAGUUUGCAUACAGUCAGAGGCUUUAAUUAAUGUAAAUAAAAGUUCGUAUAUUAACUUAUCAAAAUCUUCUAAACUAAUUAUAUAAUCUGUCUUGUCGAAAUUUUUAUCGAAAUCUUAUUAAUAUUCAACGCAUUUUCAUCGACUGUCUUAUAUAAGAUUCUUGUAAAAAUUUCUAUAAGGUCUCUAUAGAAUUACCGUAAGUUCGAUCGCCUAGGGUGUUGAUGUGCAUUAUGAUAGACAAGGUUAAAGAUGAUUAAUGACAAAGUUUUGUUAUUCGGAUGUAUGGAGAAGAAAAAACAAAUAAAGUACUUACAAACACUUGACCCGUAAAAAAAAAAAGAGAAAGAAAAUUUAUGGUUAGAAAAAGAAACACAUACAUCGUUUUUUAAGUGAAAAAAAAAAACCUUUAGAAAAUAUAAUGAAUUAUUGUCAAAAGUUAUUUAGCCUCCACUGUAUACAAAAAAUGUUUUGUAAUGCUGAUUUUGUAAAAUUUUCUAGAGAAACGAUUUAUUGGACAUUAUCAUCUACAUAAAACAGAGUACUACCCCCUCUUUAGAGAAUUUGAAACAAAUUCAUAUUCAAUCUAUAACUCUAGAAAACAAUUUUAAAUAAUAAACGUGUAUAACAAAUUUAUCUAUUAGACAACAUGUAGAAUGUUUAGAAGUGAAGAUAAUUCGUGUAUUGAGUAUGAAAUAAACGUUGAAAACAAAAAUUUUUAAAUAAUUAUUAAUUUGUAUGUAUAUAUGUGUAUUAUUGAUUAAUGGUUCUUGAAUGAUCACAUGCUAACAAUUAUUUUAAUAAUAAACAAAUAGAAGAAUAAAUAAUUACGCAGAAUUAGAAAUAAACAUUUUAAGAUAUACAUACUGUAUAAAAUUUAUUAGAGAAUUUAAAUAAGAUACUACUAUUUUCAUAUCACUUUCACAGACAAAAAUUUUAUAUUAAUCCAAUGUUCUUCGACAUGUUUUUAGAUUGCAUUUUGUUCAUGGGGAAAAAAGAUUUAGAUUGUAAACAAAAAAAGAAAAGAAGUUAUCGUAAAUAUCAAACUAAAAUCAAUAUGAAAAAAACAUGAUAAAUUUUCGUCAAUGUUCAGUACUCUCUAUCAUUAAAGCAUAAAAGUGAAUUAGUCAUGCCAAGAAUUAGUCGUACUUUCAAUAAAAAUCUUUUCUUCUUUUCAAUACAAGGUUAUUUUGCUCAACAUUGUCAACAACUUAUAUCUUCAGAUAAUUGGCUAUCUGUCCAUACUUGAUUACCGAAGUUUUCGUCACUAGAUUGAUAAAUAUAUUAACAAGUUUUGACAUUUAUAACGUUAAACAUAAACUUUAGUCAAAACAUGUUUAUUAGUUAUUAAAUCUUAUUAGAUUACACAUAUGAAAAUGGUAGUAGAUCAUUCAUAUUAGAUAGUAAUAGAAUCUAUUCAAGAUUUAACUUUUAUUCACGAUAACCAUUGACAAGUUUAUAAAUGGGUGAUUUAUAAAUCAUUAAAACUCUAAAAUUUUCUCACCUAUUUUUCCAGCGGAAAAACGUUUAUAAACACGUUUAUAAAUCAAGAUAUUUAUAAAUAACGAUUUAUAAAUCGUAAGUUUUUGAAAAAGUCAUUUUAAACUUAUCAAUGACGGUAGCAAAAACAUACAGCAGAUGUCGCACCCUUACUAAACUUACUCUAAUAAAACAUCACAUUUACUAAAAAAAGUAAUAAUAUGAACUGAUAAAAGACCUUUGGAUCUAAUCAAAAAUUGCUGUUUUCUAAUAACGUUUUAUUCAAGUUUAUGUAAUCUCUUACAUUCACAAUUUGUUGUUAUUAUUUGUUUAGAAAAUUCUUACGCAAAUCAGUUCGACUACGAGAUUGUGAUACCGAAACCCUUAAUACAUCCUCGCUCAACAUAUACACCUUUAUCAACAUCUUUCUCCCAAUUACCUGAUUGGAAAUCACAUCCAUCUAAACGAUUGACGUCGAUAUCGGUUGAAAACGGUUUUAUAUCGUCUAACGAUAAACAUUAUCGACGUAAACGUUCUUUCGAUAAUACUACUUUUGUUACUUCCUCGUCGUCAUCAUCAUUCUCAUUUUUAAAUAAAACAUCCCGUUAUCGUAUACAUAAACGUAAACUAAUGCCACCGUUUUCAUCAUCCUUACAAAGAAAGUCUAAUACAAAAGUCCCAACGACAACAAUAACGAGUAAUUAUCGUAUUCACGGUUUUAAUCAAACAUUCGAUUUAUUAUUGAUUAACGAUGAUUCAUUUAUUUCACCCAAUUUUGUCAUACAAUAUUUUGAUACCAAUCGUACAUGGAUAACACGUGAUAUUGCUCGCUGUUAUUAUAGUGGAUUGGUUAAUCAUGAUCCAGAUUCAAAAGUGACAUUAAGUCUUUGUAAAGGAAUGCGUGGCAGUUUUCUCUAUCAUGAUACUGAAUAUUACAUUGAACCAAAACGAAAUAAAAAUGAAACAAGAUGGAAUUUCGAACAUUUAUUGUACACCCAUAAUGACCAUCAACAAUCAGAUGUUGUUCGUUGCCCGGUGCAUGGAAAACCCUAUUUUGAGCGAUCAGAUCGACGAAAACGACGACGAAAAAAAGUGUUUUAUUCAACAAAUAAUAAAUCACUUCCUUACUCCAAUACAUCGAUUAAUUUAACUGUAAAUGACACAUUAUCGAAUGAUAUUGAGGACGAUUUUUCACAAAGAUCGAUUUUAAAAUCUCGGACAAACUCUAUUGCAAUCUCAUCGACAUUCAAUGAAUCUCCCCUUUAUGACUAUCGUAGUCAUAGAAAAAAACGAAAUGAUCCUGAUCCAUUGGCCAAACAUGUCGAAGUUUUUGUUGCUUAUGAUGAUAAUUUUGAAAAAUUUCAUAGUGAUACUGAUAUUACAUCUUACAUUUUAACAUUAUUUAGCUAUGUUUCACAUUUAUAUUCUGACGCAAGUAUUGGUAAUAACAUUAAAAUUUGGCUAGUCAAGUUAAUGAAAGUAAACGAUUUAACUUUUGGCGGAGAUGCGGCAGAUAUUCUCAACAGAUUCUGUAAAUGGCAAAAAGAUCAAAAUAGUCCUAUUAACUUUGAUGUUGCUGUGUUGCUUACAAGGGUAACAUUGUGUCACAAACGGACAAAAAGCGAAACAGAUAACAAAUGUGAUACUCUAGGCUUAACAGAACUGGGGACAAUGUGUAAUACAUCAUCGAGUUGCGCAGUAGUUAGAGAUAAUGGAUUUGCAACAGCGUUCACCAUUGCUCAUGAACUAGCUCACUUAUCAGAACGAUAUCAAUGUCUCAACAAUAUUCCCGAUAAAAAUUCUCAAACAUUCAAAGAUCUUAAUGGUGAACAGACUGCUCGAGAAUUACCGGGUAGUUUCAAUGAUAAGGAUAAACAGUGUAAACGAGCAUUUGGUACAAAUUAUGAGUAUUGUAGUAACUUAAAUCAUGGAGCACCAUGCGCACGUCUAUUUUGUAAAGACAUGUAUGCAAAUGGUACAUCAUGUAUGACAAAUCAUGCGCCAUGGUCAGAUGGAACAGAAUGCCAUGAACAAUGGACAGAACCAAAGCGAUGUUUUCGUGGUGAAUGCCGUAGUAAUCAUGAUCUUAGAAGUCGCAAUGGUAAUUGGGGAGAAUGGUCGCCGUGGUCAGCAUGUACAAGAACAUGUGGAAGUGCUGUACAAAAAUCACACCGUACAUGUGACAAUCCAAAACCGGAAAAUGGUGGACAAUAUUGUUCAGGACAAUCAAAUCGAAUUCAAUCAUGUGAACACAAUUUGCCAUGUAAAGAUCCAAUCGAUAUGUUUCGACAACGACAAUGUUCGAAGUUUAACAAUAGAAGUAUCGAUCCAUCACUACCUAUCGGUGUUCGAUUUGAGCCGAAGUAUAAUGUAUUACCCAGUGAACGUUGCAAAUUAAUUUGUAAAGUAUCAGACGAUCGUCUAGAACGAUCAUUUGUUCUCGGUGAUCGAGUUGAAGAUGGAACACCAUGUGGACGAGAAGAGGAAACUCGUGAUAUAUGCAUUAGUGGUGUAUGCAUGCCCGUUGGAUGUGAUAAUAAAUAUGGUUCAAAUGCAACAGAAGAUGUUUGUGGAGUUUGUAAUGGUCGUAACAGAACAUGUCGGUUACUAUCCGGUACAAAGGUUGUAGCGGGUUUUGGUUUAACAAGUAUUGUUGAUAUACCUGUUAAUGCAACACGAGUUAUUGUAACACAAAUAUCAAAUGCAAAUGAUUUAUAUUAUCUAGCUGUUAAAUAUGUUAAUGGUACUUAUAUAUUGAAUGGUAUGCACAGUUUACAAUUAUACAAUGUUAAAAUUCGUGUCGGAGCUGCUUUAUUACAUUAUACGGGAUCAGAUUCGGACAAUGAAACAAUACAAAUAUAUGGCCGUUUGAGAGUUCCACUAGAAAUUCAGGUAUUAUCCAUUCAUGCAGCUGGUGCUGCCCCAACAUACGUUCAUUGGGAAUAUUACGCACCGAAAGAUGAAACAUUAAUAAAUGGUGAAAAUUUUGAACAAGAAGGUCAAUUUGGCUCGGAACAUCACUGCGACAGACCAUGCCAAGGUUGGAAACCAGUGAGAAAAUGUGUAAUUAAUGGUGGAACAUAUAAUCCGUCCUAUUGUUCAACCUAUCGAAUACCCUUUACAACACAAAAAGAAAGUUGUAAUAAUGAUUGUGUUUUAAGUUGGACAGCUAAACAUCAGCAUCCUUGUUCAACUCGUUGCGGUGAUGGAUAUAAACGUGUUAUCUAUGAAUGUGCUAAAACAAGUUUUACUGAACGAACAAUGGAAGUAUUAGAUGAGACAAUUUGUAAACAAUAUGUUGGUACAAAACCAACAGAUAUUGUUCCUUGUUCCGGCGAUUGUACUGGAACAGGAUGGGUUUAUAGUAAUUGGAAAGAUUGUCAUCAUUCGCCGAAUCAAGGAUGUAUUCGCGAACGUACUUCAGAAUGUCGUAAUUCAUCAUUUCAUCUUGUAUCAACUUAUUAUUGUGUAUCAGAAUUUUUAUUGCAUGCUGAACGAUGUGCUGAAUCAGCUUGUCAGAGUUUUCGAUGGAAUUAUACAACUUGGUCAGAUGAAUCGAAACCAGAUGAGUCAACAUCGUGUUAUCAAGAAUGUCUAAUGCCACAGUGGAUUACGGAUGAAUGGCAAAAAUGUACGGCAACUUGUUCAACAGGAGUUAGAAAUCGUCGUGUUACAUGUUCUCAUCAUGGUAGCAUUGUAUCAGAUCAAUAUUGUGAUCGUCGAACAAAGCCAACUGACCAAGAAUCAUGUUCAACAAAUCUUAGUUGUCCAAACUGGAAUGUGGGCAAAUGGUAUCCGUGUUCUGUGACAUGCGGAAUGGGCGUUCAACAGCGGCAAGUGUUCUGCACGCAAGAUGACAGACAAGUUGAUAGAGCAAAAUGUGAGGUUCCAAUGCCUGAUGAGCAGCAACAGUGUAAAUUGAAUGCAUGUUCAACAACAAAGUGGAAUGUUGGUGUAUGGGGAGAGUGCUCACAAACAUGUGGCUUAGGCAUGCAGCAACGAGCAGUUUAUUGUGAAGAUCCAUCAAUGCCAUGGAAACAACUUUUACCAUCGGAAUGCUCCAUUAAUGAUAAACCGUUACAUAUACAAAAUUGUACAAUUACAGCAUGUCCAGUUUGGGAAAUUGAUAAAUGGACCAAAUGUGUUGGAGUAUGUGGCUCGGCCAAUCGAACCAGAUCUGUAUGGUGUUCCCAUAAUCAACGUGAAUUAAAUGAUUCGUAUUGUUUAAGAUCAGAACCGAAACCAAAAACUACGGAACCGUGUAGUCGUCAAACGUACUGUCCGCAAUGGGUAACAAGUUCAUGGUCUGAGUGUUUUGGAUCAAUGUGUGAACCUGGUGUCCAGUAUCGUCAAGUAGUAUGUAGAAAUGAGCAUGAAAUUAUUUCCAAAACAAAUUGUAAUGAACACGAUCGGCCACUUAGUAAACAGUCAUGCUAUUUAUGGAAUACUUCGUGUUCUACACUGCGCACGGGAGAGUUAACUCGUGAUGCAUAUGGGGAUGUUAAAUCUUGGGAAGAAUGUUCUGUGAUAUGUGGCGUUGGUCAAAAAAUAAGAAAAAUAUAUUGCCUUAACGGACUAACAAAAGCCGUUCAAGAUGAUCGUCAUUGUUCAAGACUACUGAAGAAGUCAGUUGACUUUGAAACAUGUGAAACAACUGGCCCAUGUGAAAGUUAUCAUUGGAAAACAACUGAAUGGACAAGAUGUCCUGUUACUUGCGGUCAAUCGAUUCAACAACGUUCAUUGAUGUGUACAAACGAUCGUGGUAUGGCGGUUUCACAUGAAAAAUGUAAUGGUCUUGAUAGGCCACCAAAUGUGACUGAAUGUAGAAGAGCUCCAUGCAUUGAAAGUCAAACUUCGCUGACAUGGAUCAUGAGUACAUGGGAACCGUGUGACGAUCAAAAAUGCUUGCAAACACGUUCAGUUCAUUGUAUGGAUGUGUUAACCGGAAGACAUUUGCCAGCAUGGAGUUGUACUCAAAAACGUCCAGAACCACCUGCAAACAGAACAUGUCCGACAUCUGCCUGUUUACAGUGGAAAGUGACACGUUGGAAUGGCUGUUCUGUUAAAUGUGGACGAGGAAUCGAAUUAGGCUUUGGCUUGACGUGUUACACAAAAAUAUCACCACAUAAAAAAUUAGAUGCAAGUGAAUGUGAAGCUGUCCCGUUGCCAAAACCUAUUUCAAGACGUACUUGUACUCGAAAUUGCUUCGCGUGGGAAACAAGUAGUUGGUCGGAGUGUGAUGCAAAAUGUGGUGAUGGAAAACGAACACGAAAAUUAUCCUGUAUAAAAUUACCCAGGAGACGAUCUGCUCAUAAUCGAUUUUGCAAAAACCGACGAAGAAAUUUAACAAAACCAACAACUGAAGAAUCAUGCAAUGUACAAUCGUGUUAUCAAUGGAUGCAAACCGAUCGUUGGACGCACUGUACCGUUUCUUGCAAUGGUGGUAUCGAACAUAAUUAUCCAGAUUGUGUUCACAUUUAUCAAAACAAUGUAUCUGUCGAUGAAAAAUUUUGUAAUCUAACUACUAAACCCAAUUAUCAACGUAUUUGUAAUGCAUUUUCAUGUCCUACUACCACGUUACCAACGCCACCAUACCAUCGGCCGUAUACAAGAUUCAAUGUCUCAUCAUCAUCAAUAGGAAGAUUUCCACGACGAAGGAGAAUUGGACGAUUUAGAAUGAACAAUACGUGGGAAACUGAAUUAUGGUCACCGUGUAAUGUUCGUUGUGGAGUGGGUGAACAACAUCGAAUUGUACGCUGUCUAAAUUUUAAUCGUACACGAACUCUAGAUGAUCGGUUUUGUCGACACAUUCCCCAGCCAUCUCGUACACAACAAUGUUUCCAACAAUAUUGUAUUCCAACAUGGGUUACUGGUAAUUGGUCUACGUGUACCGCAACAUGCGGCUAUGGGAUGCAGUAUCGAUCCGUUUUAUGCCAUGCAGUUGACAAUGAUGGUCAUGUAUUAAAGUCAAACAUUUCAAUGAAUUGUAAUCGCUACAAUCAACCAUUGGAUCGUAUACCAUGUAAUUUGGGCGACUGUCAAAGUCCAUAUUUAUGGCAUAUCGAGCCAUGGUCUACGUGUUCAUCUGAUUGUGGUAUUGGUGAACAAAAACGUAUCGUUCUAUGUCGACAUCAAAUUUCGCGAACACCUGUCAGUGAUUAUUAUUGUGAUAUACAAAAUAAACCAUUGACUAAUUUAAAAUGUUUUGGACUUUGCUAUGCUAAAUCAACUACAAAACUUUUGACAUAUCCGUCAGUUAUUUAUAUGUUAGUAUACUUAUCAAUGUUUCUGAUAUCAAUUUGUUUACAUUUUAUGUUAUCAAAUGUUCAUUGCUUGACUCGUGUUUAUCUAAUUGAUUUUAUCAUCACUGUUCUAUUAUAUACAGUUGGUUAUUCAAUAUCAUCAUAUAAUAUUUAUGAUUUACAUUGGCCAUUAUUACCGUUUAUUCUCUGUUUAUAUUUUCAAUUAACAUCGACUAUUGUAUUAUCACUUACAAAACGUUUACCAUUAAUAUUUUUUAUUUCAUGUUGGUCAGCUCAUCUUGCCUAUCAAACAAUAUCAUCAACAAAAAAUAUCAGACAUGAAGAUUGGAGAUAUGCAUUAAUGCGAAAACAAAUGGAAUCCAAUUUUAAUUUAUUUUCUUUUUUUGCUCUCCAUUUAUUACCAAUGUUUGAAGUUUUAAUUGGUUCAUCAUCACUUUACUACUUUUAUCAUCAGAGUCAAAUAACAACAUUCACUUUGUAUGAUUUUUAUUCAUUUUUUAUACUGGGAUUUGGUGUUAUUAUUGAAAAUUUGGCCGAUAAACAAUUAAAUGAAUUUAGACGGAACCCACACAAUCGUUUUGCCGUACUUAAAGCUGGUCUGUGGGGUUAUUGUCGACAUCCAAACUAUCUUGGUGAAAUUUGCUACUGGUGGGGAUUAUUUUUACUUGGUCAAUUCAAUUCUACACAAGCUUAUUGGUGUUUGAUUAGUCCAGUUGUUAUUACAUUAAUGAUGGUAUUUGGUUCGAUACCAAUGUUAGAAAAUAGAAUGUUUACACGUUACCCCGAAUUUAAAUUUGUUCAAACAUGUAUACCCAUGUUAUUACCAAAUUUCAGAUCAACACAUUGCUAA